UGGUGGUUUGUAUGUGCAAUGUCUAUCACUCUUGCUCUGGCUUAAAUUUAGGGGUAGCUUCUAAAAGAUGGAAUUUCUCCAUCAACAACAAUUUAUACAUUUCAUUAAUAACAAUUUGUCAUCUCAGAAUUGAAUAAUUUGCCAUUGACAAAAUUCUUUAAGUUAGGUAUUGCCAUUGAUAAAAUCAAUUGAUGGCUCUGGUUUCUUGGGCUAAGAAGGAGCUUUCUAGACUCAAACUCCAAAACAAGCCUAAAAGAUUGACACUUCCUCAAACUUCCACCAAAUGUUUGGCACUUCCUCUGAUCCAGGAAGUGGUAUUAGAUGCAGAUCUAAGAUGCGCCAACUGCCAAAACAGAGUCUCUAGUGUAAUUUCAAAUGUUGAAGAUGUGGAGUCUAUCGUGGUGCACGUACUAGAUAAGAAGGUGACUCUUAUUCGCAAAUCCACAAGUAAAUGACGUUGAAAGCAAAUUCAUUCAAACAAAACAAUGUUACAAUUUAGGGACUCAACCAUCAGUACAAUGUCAUAUUACACUAACUGUUGCAAUUUAUGUACAAAUGGUUGUGAUCUACUUGUUUGUUGAACAAUUUCACCUUGUGAGAAAUAAAUUGUUGACCUAAACA